CGCUGCCCGAUCACUAAAGAUGUUGACCAGCAGCAGCUCCAGCUACAGCAACAGCAACUGUUCCAGCGCCAGUUCCAGCUCCAGCGCCAGCUCCUCCUGUGUCCAGGUCAGCCGGGAUGUGCAGCAGCAGCUGGUGCUGCUGCGCCUCCUGCCGGACUCGCCCGGCUUGCAGUUUCCGGAGAUUUGGCUGCGCGACAAUUGCCAGUGCAGCACGUGCUACAUGCAACAGACGCGCAGCCGCCUGCCGCAGGGCUGGAACUAUCUGGAUCCCUCGGUGCGGCUGCAGCAGCUCAGCUGGUGUGCGGAGCGCCAGAGCCUGCAGAUCAGUUGGAGCGAUGGCCACAAGUCCAGCUUCCCCUUGAGCUGGCUGAAGGAGCGCGAUUUCUCGCCGGCGAAUCGCGCGCUUUACUUACGCGAUACCUAUCGGCCGGAGCAGCGGCUCUGGGGCGGCACGGAGUUCCAGCGCAUACAGCGUGAGUUUCUCUACGACGAGCUGCUGCACAAUGAUGAGGCGCUGCUGCAGUGGCUGCACCAGCUGGCCGUCUACGGCCUGGCGCUGGUCAAGCAGGCGCCGCUGGACUCGAAUGUGCUGCGCAAUCUGUGCAAUCGCGUGGGCUUCAUGCGCAGCACCACCUACGGCGAUGAGUGGAGCGUCAAGGCGCAGCCAGGUGCCAGCAACUAUGCCUACCUGGCCGCACCGCUGCCCCUGCACACAGACAUGCCGUACUUUGAGUACAAGCCGAGCAUCACGCUGCUCCACACGCUGCAGCAGUCGGAGUCACCGGGCGGCUGGAAUCUGCUCAGCGAUGCUUUCCAUGUGGCGGAUCUGCUGCGUCAGCGUUAUCCGGGCGCCUUCAAGGUGCUCAGCGAGACGCCCGUCGACUGGGCGGACAUUGGCAGCGAGAAGAAUCUGAGAUUCCACAACAUCUGGCGGGCGCCAGUUAUCAACUUGGAUGCCAAUGGCCGUUACGUGCGCAUCAACCUGAGCAUUCCGCAGCGAGACAGCCAUUUCAGUGUGCCCGCCGAGCAGGUGCGUCCCUGGUACGAGGCCAUGGCAUUGUUUAUGCGGCUGGCCAACGAGCAGGCAUGCACGUUUAAGACAACGCCAGGUGAUGUUCUUACCUUUGACAAUGUGCGCAUGGUGCACGGCCGGACGGGCUACGAUGACACCGAGCAGAAUAUUCGGCAUAUUGUGGGCGCAUUUCUGGACUGGGACAUUGCCUAUUCGCGUUGGCGUGUGCUCAAGAAUGAUUUGGGUCAUUACAAUAAAUAGCCUUUAUUAGCCGCCUUAUCAGUAAGCAUGUAAAUAAUUAACAA